AUGGUACCUGAUGCUCAACUUGCUCAAUGGGAAUCGCUUCACAGAGAAGUCGAUCGACAAAGUAAACUCACCCCUACACCAUCGCUGCGUGUAAUCUUUGUGUUGUGUAUCUUUCUAAGUCCCCUAUCAGGUAUUUUAUACGGAGUGAGUGCGAUUAAAAGGUUGUCUAAUCGCUCUGAACGGUGGCUGGUUCGAAAGGAUCCCGGAGGAUUCUACCAUCCAAACUCUUGUGUCGUGAUACCACUAUGGGCGACGUUGUAUACCAUAGCCGAUAUCAUCAGCUUGCUUACUUGCUUUUUCAAUCUGGACAGUUAUCCACGCCCCCUUACUACUGCAAUGGAAACUGUCAAAUACGCAUUCUUCUUGGGGAUGGCUUGGACAAAGGUCUGGGCAACCAUCUACGUAGCGCCACGUUCAAGGUUUCAAAUCCAGCACAACAAACCUAUCCUAUCCAGGUCUAAUUCUAAAUCUACUCGAAUGCGACGCUGGCUACUACCUAGAAUCUUCAAUCUUUUUGUAGUCUUAGGUUAUUUAGUCCCAUUGAUACUCAGUGCACUCUUAUGCGCCUGGACCACAAUAAGCAUGAACCAAGUCGUAAGUCUCUUGUAUGAAUACGAGGCGGUGAAUGAGAUCGCAACUGGCCCUCUUUUGUCCUCUGCGAAGGCUUCAAACAUCCAACUGGCAAAAAGCUUGACAUACCUAAUCUCGAUGAAGAACAUAUCUCGAACACUCACGAAAAAUUUGCGCUCAGGGUUUUACAUUUACUUCUUCAUUGCUGCAUUCAUCUUUAUCGCCUUAUCACUGGCUACUGCUCUCAUUCUUCGAGCUCUUUAUUUUCAACUCAGAGUUCUGAAGAGAGCAGCUCUAAGACCACGACGCAUGUCCUCUGACAUUAGUCUGUCUUACCCACGAAUACCUGGAGCAGUCCGUCUUACACCUGACCAAGCCUCAACCUUCACAUUUCGAAGAUCACCUGGCACCUCAACUGAAAAACGUUCAGAAUCACCUUUCUCGAAUAUUGAACCGUGUCAGAUAGUUGACAAAUGGUCAGAUUGGCUUCCUACAUUCAAAAGAGGAACUGGGAUCGAUGCGAUCAUGUGGCGUCUACCAGCUUUUAGUGAAAAGUUUGAAGAGUAUGAUAUGGAUAUAAGUCUGAAGGUAGAACAAUAUCGCAUUUUGAAGACAUAUACAGUCAAUAUCAUAUGGCAACAAGCUUUGACAUGUGCCAUUUCAGUCUCUUAUCUUGCCAUGCUCGGGCUUAUGAUUACCACCUGGUGCAAAGAAGAACGUGGAAUUCCACUACCUCGGGUGUUAUUGAUAUUGGUGGAAUGGUCGAAUCUGACUUGGAAUCUCGGGAUGGGAUUCACUCUUGGAUUAAAGGCUAUACAUACUAAUUAUAAUACCCCGAAACCUUUUAGAUCUCGUGUUUUGUUUCCUUUUCACCUAUACCUCAACCUCAGCAACAAGAACAUGAUAGAUUAUCUUUCAAAUGUCGAGAACCAUCUUUGUUAUAAGGAUAUUUUCACAACAUAG